UGGGGCUGGUGGUCGUUCAAGUAGUAAAGUACAAAACUUGGGUCACUUCCUCAAAAGGCUAGUUAACUUGAUUCAAGAUAAUACAGAAUCCAAGGUGAUCACUCAAAUCGAAAAUGAAAUUAAUGCAGAACUAUGCAAAGUACAUGAUGUGGAUAUUAUAGAACUUGAAUUGCCACGUAUAAAGGCCGAGGGUGAUAAAAUUUUUGAAACGAUCCAUGAUAUUUUUAAUGCUGAAAUUGUUGACAAUAAAUUGUUCAUCAAGUUUAAUGGUUUGGUGAAAUCCGAAAUACAUAAGAAAGUGAUGAAUUCACUUGAUCAACAACUUCCACCAACUUGGUUGACUGCGAUUGAUGCAAUAUGUGUUGUUAACGGUAGUCAGUAUCGACCUGAUAUAGGUGGUUGGAACCCUAAACCAGCACUUAAUCAAAGAAUUAAACCUAUAAUUAAUCAAUGUCCACCACCGUUGCUAUGGAUUGAGGUGACCUAUGACAAUUCUGAGGAUCGUGAUAAUGCUAUAAAUAAAUUCACACGCAUUCAACCCCACUGUCCGACCACAGAAUUUGUAAUCAUCAUUGUUCCGGCUACUGAAACAACUUUCCCAGCAAAUUUAAAUCCAGGCGUUGGUUCAGUGGCAGCAACACCCAAAACUGCAUGUCCUUCUCAUGCUCCAUAUCUCGGCCAUUUGUCUGCGGGAAAUAUUAUUACUGCGAUUCAAUGGUACAAAAUGAAAUGGAAUAGACAUCUUGUAUUAGAAUGUGGAGCGAACAUAGAUUUUAAUGAUAUACUUGAGGUCUUAACAUAA